AUGGCUUCAUACCCAGACGAGCUUGACGGUCAAGCGAUGCCUUCCCACGCCCCAGACAACCGAAAUAACAGUAUCGAAAAUAAUUCCUUGCCGUAUGAGGACAUUCUUGAUGUGAUAGAUAAAGAUUGGGCUGAACUCCAGCAUCAAACAUCAUUGUAUCAAAGUAGCGAGCAUACAGGCGAUGAAUUGUUGCAUGAUUCUUCGAGCCCUCUUCACGAGCCAACCCCACUCACAAAUAAUGAGACCGACGAUAAGCAAGCGAUGGACCCUUUUGGUCUUUUCUCGAAAAUUUAUAGAGACUGGGAUGAACUCCAGCAAAAACUAUCAUCGUAUCAAAGCAAUGAGCUUACCGACGUUGGAUUGUUUCAUAAUUCUUCGAGCCCCUCCCACGAGCCAACAUCACUUACAUAUAAUGAGACCGAUGACAUGCAAGCCAUGGCUCGUCCUGAUAUCCACAGCGACGCGAUGCCCUCUCAUACAGGAAGCAACAGUCUUGAGUCUAUGCGGCCGCAGCCAAACAACGUUUUUACCCAGGACUCGCCAAACCAGAAUACAUUUGGCAUCGGACUGGACGAAAAUCGAUCAGCGGACAUCAAUAACUGGCCCGAAUUUGACCAUAUGAUAGAUGAUGAAGUCCAUGAAUACUGCAAAAAAGUGGAAAAAGAAAUUGCACAGGACUUUGAACACUGUCAACAACAACAACAGAAUAAGCGCAAGCGUUCUGUUGAGGAUAUCGAUGACGAAGAUGACGAAGAUGGCGAAGAUGGCGAAGACGUCUCCAAUGAGCAAGGGGAACUGCAGGGGGGUCCAAUGUCGCGCCCUAAUAAGAAGGCAAAGGUCGCCAAAGAUGGGCAUGGAAAGCCAUCAAUGGUAAGUUGUUAAGAACCCUAGACUUCUCUAGAACUCUCUACUGACGAUCUCAUUGAAGAAUUCUUUGAAUGGCCCUCCUGCCCCACAGAACGGAGUCCAGAAGAAUGGCCCAGUCGCCAUCGCAGUGGCCCCUCCACAAAUGGCUAACCAAGUGCCCCGAGCAAAGCCAAAGACAAGCGCGAAGGUGUACCGACCCAUUCCUCGACCCUUUUUCGACAAAGACUCGCUUGUCGAUACCCAGGGUUGGCCCGUACCGGGGUUCAAGCUGAGAAAUAACAUCAGCUGGGACUUUUACAAGAAUGCACCCGCCGAAGAGAAAGAGCUCUACGCAGCGCCUCCAGGUAAAUUGCGAGAAGAUCUGCCUCCUUUGGAACAUCCACAGUUUGGAAUCCGAGAAUGGUUCACCAACAGCCUCAAAUGGAAUGAUGGACCCCAGACUCAGGCUGAAGCGGAGGACUGCUUGAUAGAAGCUGGGAAUACCGCGCAGUGGGAGUUUAAGCUUUGGGCUGAGGGACUUUGGCACAACCAAUACCAGCUGGACUCUAAAAGGUGUAAAAACGCCUGGAGAACAGAAAAGACGCGCCGUGACAAGAUUGUUGCCCAGAGAGCAGCAGCAGCAGCAGCAGCAGCGGCCGCCCAAAAUCAGCAGGACUGA